AUGGAAAGCACCAAAUUCAGCCAAAUGGAGUGGAAAUCCACCAGCCUCUUCAAGACAUUUGUGCAGUGUGCACUAUAUUUUAUCGAGGACGACAAGAACCACAUUCGGGCCACUUGGGGCCACAUCAGCAGCAAUGCCGAGGCCUUCGGGGCAGAGGCCCUCAGCCGGAUGUUCGCGGCGCACCCGUCCUCCAAGACCUACUUCUCGCACUUCGACCUGACUCCGGGCUCGGCGCAGAUCAAGGCCCACGGCAAGAAGGUGGUGGACGCGGUCACGCAGGCCGUCAACAACCUGGACGACAUGGCCUGCGCCCUGGCCAAGCUCUCCGACCUCCACGCCGAGAAGCUCCGCGUCGACCCCGUCAACUUCGGCCUGCUGGCCCACUGCUUCCUGGUGACCAUCGCCGUCCACAACCGAGGCCCCCUCCAUGCCAGCCACCUCCUCUCGCUGGACAAGUUCAGCAUCAUCGCCAAGAUCCUCUUCGCCCACUACCGCUAGACAGGCGCCUCCGGCCCCCAGGGACCUCCCUCCAUCCCUCCCUCCCUCCCUCCCUCCCGCCCUCGAACGGACCCCGAAAGAGCAAUAAAACCCUCUUGAC